CUAAGCUUCCUAAAAAUACCUUUUCUUCCUCACAUUUGGUCUAUAUAGUUGUGAUAUUCUUACAUACAUAUUUAGUUCAUUCACCAAACAAGAAAACAAGUAGAUGAACGCUAUAUGCACCCCACGGUUUACUAACGCAUCUCAAUUUUUCGUCAAAAAACACACUCUUAAAACAUCUCAUUCGUCCCUACCAUGAAGCCCCACCCAAACCCUAGUUUCAUCUUUGAUUGCGCUGGCGACGGAAGGAGAUGGACAACAAUGAGCACUUAUUUGACGGAGAUGACCAUUUCUUCGAAGGAGACGAUGGAGACGACCCUCUUGAAGAGAAUAGAGACGAGGAAGUCUUUAUCUUCGCCAGAUCCAGAGGAAGCCAAGUUGACAAAGGCAUCUCCUGAUCUCGUCAUUGGGUUAACACAUGGAUCUCUCCCUUCAGACCUUGCCUCCUGGUUUGACUCCAUGCUCUCCCGAUCUCGUCAACAAUCCUCAUAUGCUUUCAACAAUGUGUUUCCAUCAAUUAUUCGUGAUUUGUACCAAUCAAGAAUGAUUCUUCAAGGACUAAGUCUAAUUUCUUAUCUAUAUGCCUUUCCAUUACUUAUUCAUUAGAGGUGAAGCUUGGGAAGGUGGAAGCUUGAGAGAAGAAAGGUGUGGCUAGUGGUGGUUUUGAUGGUGGAGGGUCUGAGGAGAAGUGGGGGUGCGCAAAUGAGAUAUUUUGGAAAAAUUGAAAAAAUAGGUGUACUUGAGAAUGUUACGUUUUUAAGUAGAGUUUAUUUAUAUUGAGGCGUAUUUAACAAAAUUCAAGGGUCAUAUAAUGUUUUUUUGUUUUUUUAACAAGCAAACUGACCGAACCUAUCAAGAAAACAGAGAAAGCAGUAAGCACACGUAAUUCUCACCCUACCCGGGACAGGCACUGCUCUCUCACUUAUUGUAUUCGGUUACAGAUUCCUAUCCAGCCACUCAAAAUUGAUCGAACCUUACGGUUGUUGCAUUGCAAUCUCGUGUAUGUUAUGAUGUUAACGUUUCGAUUAACAUCUCUAUAUUUGUCUCCUUAAUUACCCAUUCGGGCCAUUCCCAAUUUUCUCUUGAUUCUCUUGUUUCGCUUCAUCUGUUUUGUAUUGAUUGAAUUUCCUUAUUUGCUCCGAAUACCCAAAUCGAGUAAUUGUCGUGGUUGUGGUUUUAUAUCUCCUUAUUUAACUAUGUUCUCCAUUACUCUUAAAUACCCACUUGCUAUUUGCUCUGGAUUUGGGGAUUUGGAGUCGUGCAUUUUGCAUUGAUUUGCUCGUAUUCACCUUUGCUUUCCAGAGAACCGGUCUGUUGUUGCCCUUAUUUAGAGGGGUUUGGUGAUUUUUGUGUCACGAUGUGGACAAUGAUGCUUUAGGUAAGGUAUUCGAUUAGACUUUUGAAAGUUUCUACUUUUACACUCAUUCGUGCAUUCUAGUAUGAUUUGGGUGUUAGUGUGUGUUGAUUUAUUUACAUUUGAUGAUUUACACAGUUGAUGCGGUGCAUCUUAUGUAUUCACCCGGUUUGGUGCAUUUUAUGUUUAUUUUGAUUAUUUGGCAAUUGCAUACAGAUAAUCAUUGGUUCUCUUGUUAGGAGUUGGACAUUUUUUGCCAGUUGCAGAGAAUUUCGACCGUAGUGAUUCUUUAGUUUUGUACUGUGAGCUGCGGUUGUCUAAUUAAAGCUUGAUCUUACUUUCCGUGGUUCUUUGGGAUCUGAUCUCAUUAAUAUAGUUUGAUCAUAUGCUUCCUUGUGAUGUAAUGGAAGCAUUUGUUAUUAACAAAUGUUGUUCUCCUUCAGAGAGGGAUUCUAUAAGUUUUUGCUAGUUACUAAGAAACAUCACUGAAGGAUGAUGAAGCCCUGCAAAAACUUUUGGUUCUUUGCCGGACUGAUUUCUUGAUUCUCACUUUACAUUUGUGGAUUGCUGUUAGCCCUGUGCUACUUUGGCAUGACUCAGCGUAGCUCUCUGCCCCUGUGCUGGUCACGCACAAAAGGCUAUGGAAAGGCAAAAUGAAGAGGUGAAAAGAGUUGGAGUACUGAACGGAAAUUGAGAUCUACUGCUAGUGGCGUAACAAUUACAUUAGGAUGUCAGUUCCCCAAAAGACUGUUAUGGCUUUCAAGUCUUACCAAAAUCAGGCUGAGGUGCUGGUUAAGAAUUACUUAUUUGCAGAUCCUUUCAUCCCAUAUACUUCAAUCCUUGGUGGCUUAUUUGCUUGCAAAGUGGUCUAUGAUCUCACACAGUUAAUCAGCACAUUCUACAUCAAGACUUAUUCUAGUCUUACAAAAAUCCAGCGAAUUGAGUGGAACAAUCGCGGUACCUCUACAGUUCAUGCAAUUUUCAUUACAGCCAUGUCCUUGUACUUCGUGUUCUGGUCAGAUCUCUUUUCUGACAAACAGCAGUCUGGUCUUAUUACCUUUCGGAGCUCACCUCUCUCGGCUUUUGGCUUAGGGGUUUCGGUGGGCUACUUCUUUGCGGAUCUCGGAAUGAUUUUUUGGCUAUAUCCUUCCUUGGGUGGAAUGGAGUAUGUCAUCCAUCACUCUCUUUCCGGAAUAUCUGUGGCAUAUUCUAUGUUUUCUGGAGAAGGGCAGCUUUACACAUAUAUGGUCCUCAUCUCCGAGGUGACAACCCCAGAGAUAAAUAUGAGAUGGUAUCUUGAUACUGCUGGUAUGAAGAGGUCCAAUGCAUAUCUCAUUAAUGGUGUUUUGAUAUUUUUUCUUUGGCUGAUUGCAAGAAUUCUGCUCUUCGUUUACUUGUUUAACCAUGUCUACCGGCAUUAUGAUCAGGUCAUGCAGUUGCACAUCAUGGGCUAUUUCUUGGUUUUUGUGGUUCCCACGGCACUAGCUAUUCUGAAUUUGAUGUGGUUUGGGAAGAUUUUGAAGGGUUUAAAGAAAACUCUGGCUAAGAAGCAGUGAUGGACAUGAAACAUACAAGGUAGUCAUUAGCAUUUCCCUGUUAAUACUGGAUACAAUAUUCAAUUUCAUUCUUCCACUCGCUCUAUAAACGAUAGGAUGGCAAAGAAGAAACUGGCAGUAAUAUGAUUUGUAUAGGAAUCUGCUGAUGGAUAUGAUCCACUUAACACAAAUUUUCAGCAGCAAAUUUUAUCUUGCACAGAGUUUCUUACAAUCAUAUAAAAAGCACUCUCUCUCUCUCUCUCUCUC